ACUGCUUCCUUCACAGGCACAUUCGCCUGCACACGCUCGUACUGCAGCAUCCUUCCAUCAACUCCAGCUUCAGUUCGUCUCUAUUCCAACAAUGGCUGCUGGCGUCGUGGUGAACGUCCACAACAAUGACGAUGACGUCCCAACCGAAGGUUCGCGCACUUAUGCCAUCGUCGUGUGCGUCUUCGCCGCUCUGGGUGGACUCUUUUUCGGCUAUGACCAGGGUGUGACCUCGGGUGUUCUCAUCAUGGACUCCUUCAUCAACGACUACUGCGUCGGCUGGCACAACUUCACCUACGAGCAGUGCACCGCUUCCACGUCGGACCUGCCGCAUGAGUGGACGGACUUCACUGUCUGGUACAACAUGGCGUACAACCUGGGUUGUCUCGCUGGCGCUUUCAUCGGCGGCAUCGUGGCCGACAAGCUUGGUCGUCGCUGGACCAUUUUCACUGCUGGUCUGCUGUUCUGCAUCGGCACGUCGUGGGCCUUGGGCUACUUCGAGAGUCUGGGCUUCAAGUGUCCUCCACGCCGUGACGUCGCUGAUUUCCUGCUGGACUUGGGCACCAACAAGCAGACUCAGUACGAGGUGAGCUCGAUCCAUCCCGUCCCGCGCUCGGCCAGCGAGUAUGCCGACCUAUUCAAACGCUCAGCCAUCUACGAGCGUAUGAUGGAAGAUCUUCACGAACCAAUCCAUCCGAGCCUGAUCGAAGACCAAGAAAAACACAUUGACCCGAUCCCCGAAUUCCACCAGAACUUCUGGGAUAGCACGAUGACUGUGGUGAAGCGACAGAUCGAGCUUACGAAACGCGAUACCGCUUUCUUGUUCGGUCGUUCUUUUAUGGUGAUCCUAAUGGGAUUGCUAUAUGCAAGCACCUUCUAUCAGUUCGACGAGACGAAUGCUCAACUGGUCCUGGGAAUUCUCUUCACAGCGGUGCAGUUUGUGUCGUUGGGUCAGCAAUCGCAGAUUCCGGUGUUCAUGGCCGCUCGUGAGGUGUUCUACAAGCAGCGCCGAGCCAACUUCUUCCGCACUACUUCCUUUGUGUUGUCCAACUCGGUGACUCAGUUUCCCUUGGGACUCAUGGAAAGCUUGGUGUUCGGCUCUAUCGUGUAUUGGAUGUGUGGUUGCGUGUCGACAGUGGAAGCUUUCAUCCUGUUCGAGAUGAUCCUGCUCCUAUUGAACCUUUCGUUCACGGCUUGGUUCUUCUUCCUAUCGUGUGCUUCUCCCAAUUUGAACGUGGCCAACCCGGUGUCGAUGGUUUCGAUCCUUUUCUUCGUUCUGUUCGCUGGCUUUGUCAUCACGAAAGAACAGAUCCCGGACUACCUCAUCUGGAUCUACUGGAUCGACCCGAUGACUUGGGGUCUUCGCGCACUUGCUGUUAACCAGUACUCCGAUGAUAGCUUCGAUACAUGCGUGUACAACGGCAUCGACUACUGUGCCAACUACAACAUGACCAUGGGCGAGUACUCUUUGACGACCUUCGAGAUUCAGACGGAGAAAUCGUGGAUCUGGUAUGGGUUGGUGUACAUGGCGGCCGCGUACGUUUUCUUCAUGUUCCUGUCGUGCAUUGCACUGGAAUACCAUCGCUUUGAGAACCCGGAGAACGUCACAUUAGACUCAGAGCACAAGGGCAGUGCCUCGGACGACUAUGGUUUGAUGAACACUCCCCGCAGCUCGCCGAACGGAAGCGAUGCGGUGGUCACGAUUGGCCAUGACAGAGAAAAGCACUUUACCCCGGUUACCGUCGCGUUCAAGGAUCUCUGGUAUACCGUGCCUGACCCGGCCAACCCCAAGGACACCAUCGACCUGCUCAAGGGUAUCAGUGGAUACGCUCUACCCGGUACCAUCACGGCACUCAUGGGUUCUUCUGGUGCUGGUAAGACCACACUCAUGGACGUUAUCGCUGGAAGGAAGACUGGUGGUAAGAUCACCGGCCAGAUCCUGCUGAAUGGCCACCCGGCCACCGACCUCUCUAUCCGUCGAUCCACGGGUUACUGUGAGCAGAUGGACAUUCACUCCGAGUCGGCUACCAUCCGUGAGGCACUCACGUUCAGCGCGUUCCUGCCAAACCCACGACGUGCCGAUGCAGAACAGCAGACCAGCAGUGAAAAUGGUCCAGCGACGACCAAGCUUGUCGGCCACGAUGCCGCCGAUGAAAGCGCCAGCGAGACAACCCAGGUUGUACGCCAUGUUGUACCAGACAGUGAAGUCCGUCCACUCAUGUGGCAGGUCCGACGUGGAAGCGGUGCACUGCUCGUAGGUGAAGUUGUGCCAGCCGACGCAGUAGUCGUUGAUGAAGGAGUCCAUGAUGAGAAUACCCGAGGUCACACCCUGGUCAUAGCCGAAAAAGAGUCCACCCAGAGCGGCGAAGACGCAUACGACGAUGGCAUAAGUGCGCGAACCUUCGGUUGGGACGUCAUCGUCAUUGUUGUGGACGUUCACCACGACGCCAGCAGCCAUUGUAGAUUGAAGAGAAGCUGA